AUGCAUCUUAUCCAAAAAAAAUAUCAAGGGUAUUUAUGUAUGUAUAUAUUCAUUGACCAAAUUACCCUUCCAGUAUUUUUUUCUUCCUGUGACAAGCACUUAAAAUCACUUUCAAAGACUCAAACUACAUUACACUCCAGUGUGUGAGAUCUGAUUCAUUUCUGCAGAAAACCAUGUUAAGAAUUUGCUUAAGAAAAAAUCUUCCCUAUGCAAGAUUAUUGUCUACUCAGAGUGGAAGGAAGUUACAAGACAAGGUGGCACUGAUAACUGGGGGAGCUAGUGGAAUAGGAAAAGCAGCAGCAACAAAAUUCAUCAAUAAUGGAGCCAAAGUAGUUAUCGCUGAUAUCGACCAACAACGUGGCCGAGAGACGGCAAUGGAGUUAGGACAUGAUGCAACUUUUAUAACUUGCGAUGUCACGAAAGAAUCAGACAUAUCGAAUGCAGUGGAUUUCGCGGUUUCUGAAUACAAACAACUUGAUAUCAUGUAUAACAAUGCAGGAAUACCAUGCAAAACUCCUCCAAGCAUUGUUAAUCUUGAUCUAGAAACGUUUGACAAAGUCAUGGACAUUAAUGUUCGCGGCGUUAUGGCUGGGAUCAAGCAUGCUGCACGCGUGAUGAUCCCGCGCGGAACUGGAUCCAUUCUAUGCACUGCUAGUGUCACUGGUGUGAUGGGAGGGAUGGCGCAGCAUACUUACUCGGUAUCGAAGUUUGCGGUUAUAGGCAUUGUUAAGUCUUUAGCUUCAGAGCUAUGUAGGCAUGGAAUCCGAGUCAAUUGCAUAUCGCCUAUUGCCAUACCUACUUCUUUUGUCAUGGACGAAAUGAAUCAGAUAUAUCCGCAUCUUGAGUCUCGACGACUUGUAGAAAUUGUUCGUAAUGUUGGUGUACUAAAAGGAGCAAAUUGUGAACCGAGUGAUGUUGCUAACGCUGCACUUUACCUUGCAUCCGAUGAUGCUAGAUAUGUUAGUGGACAUAAUUUAGUUGUGGAUGGAGGUUUGACAUCUUUUAAGAGUUUGGAGUUUCCUGCACCAGAUCAAAUGCAGUAGAAGUUUGUUCAAGGCAUGUUAAGAAAAAUAUAACAAUGGUGAAAAGCAACCAUGAACACAUUCGCCUUUCAAUUUUUAUAUCUUGUUUAGUAAGGGGACGAUUGAAAGAGCUUAUUGGGGGAAUGCAUAGCUUAUAAAAACAGCUUAUCUUGAAUUUGAACUUAUGUGGGGUUUAACUUUAUUGAUAUACAAGAACAUGAACCUUCAUAUGAUCA